AUGUUGAUAGGAAGAACUUGUGAAGAUGGUCUUCCCGCGAAGAAGAUGAUGGUUUUCCGUGUGCUUGAAGAAUCAAAGAGCCGGAAUGGUAUAUCAAAUGGAAGAUUACUUCAAGUCAAGGCAUUAGGGUAUAUUCAAAUUGGAAUAUCUCCUCAGAAUCCUAAUGAAAUUGCUAGACAAUUAUGUGUGGAGCAUCAGUUAUUGUUCUCAAAAAUGGCCUCUUCUGAUGAUAACUCUCACUUCAUGAUAUCCAUGUUGCGAGAGUGUGGACUAGCUCACAAGACAAUCAUCUUUGUCUUGGAUGAGUUCGAUCUCUUUGCCCAGGGAAAGCAACGGUUGCUCUACAGCUUGUUAGAUGGAUUGCAAUCUGUAUCGUCACAAGCAGUACUUAUUGGUGUCAGUUGCCGCUUGGAUGCAGAUCAACUUUUAGAGAAGAGAGUGCGAUCUCGUUUUUCACAUAGAAAGCUAUUGUUUCUUCCUCCCUCAAACGAAUAUUUACUGAGAUUGAUGGGGGACAUAUUAUCACUGCCAACUGACUCAAGUUUCCCUUAUGAAUAUGCUAUUGCAUACAAUGCCAAGCUUCAAAAUAUUUUAGGUGAUCCAAGAUUCACAGAAAUUAUUAAUAAAUUGUCAAAUGCUGAUUCCAGUCUUGAUCAUUUUCUCAGGUUUCUAUUUCGUGCUGUUUGUUAUAUGGAUCUAGAUUCUGGUUUCCUAUCCAUUGAGAACUUCAAGACUGCACUCUUUAGUAUCCAGAGGCAACCAAAACUUGAAAGUCUAAAAGAUUGUUCUGUUUUGGAACUCUACAUUCUUGUGUGCAUGAAGAGGUUGGAAGUUAAAGAGCAAAAAUCUUACAACUUUCAUUCUAUAAUGAAAGAGUAUAAAGUCAUUCAUGAUUCAUUUCAAACCUCUGACUUUUAUGCAAAGAAUAUUUGUUUACGGGCAUUUGAACACCUCAUACAACGUGAGUUAAUCUGUUAUAUGGACAACAGAGGACAGAGUCAGUCUGUCGAAUUUCGCCCAGUGAAGCUACUACUCUCUUCACAUGAGCUUUAUCAGGGAUUGAAAUCAAACAGUUCCUGCCCUGCCAUUCUUCAAAAAUUGAUCGACCGUGAAAGUUAAACAACUGCAUGGUGAUACAACGUAGCGUAGCCAACAGAGGUUGCAACAUCCGAUACCAAAGCUGUAUCAUGUG